AUGGGGCAGGAGACGGAGGUGGCGGAGAAGGAGGUGGUGCAGUCGGUAAGCGACCUCCCGGUUCAGGACCCGCCAGGAGAGGAGUUCUCCGCUGCUGACCUCACCUGGGUCAAGUACGCCAGCUCCGAGCACCACCGGGACGACGUCGCCCUCAUCCCCUACGACCGGAUGGAGGCCUUCAUCGGCGGCGAGAGCAACAACCCCGAGUGCCCCACGCGAUUCCACAUCGAGCGCGGCCGCAAGCGUGAGAGGGGCAGCCUCAGGGAGUACCGGAGCGACGAGUACCUCCUCUACAGGAUGUAUUGGUGCUCCUUUGGCCCUGAGAAUUAUGGGGAGGGAGGGACAAUCUUGCCUAGCAGAAAGUACAGGCUCAACACGAGGAACCGUGCCGCGCGCCCGCAGUCGAUGCGUGGCUGCACCUGCCAUUUCACCGUCAAGAGGCUCUAUGCCCGCCCUUCCCUGUUGCUCAUCAUCUACCACGAGAGGCUCCAUGUUAACAAGUCCGGCUUCAUAUGCCACGGGCCCCUUGACAGGGAUGCCAUCGGGCCUGGCGCUAGGAAAAUGCCCUACAUUGGAAGUGAAAUCCAGCAGCAGACCAUGUCAUUGAUCUACCUUGGUGUCCCAGAAGAGAACAUACUGCAGACGCAUAUAGAAGGCAUACAGCGCUACUGUAGCGCGGAUGCCCAGGUUGAUAACCUUGCUUCGCAGUAUGUCCAGAAACUAGGGAUGAUCAUCAAGAGAUCGACACAUGAGUUGGAUCUGGAUGACCAAGCUAGCAUCAGGAUGUGGGUCGACAGGAAUAAGAAAUCUGUAUUCUUCUACCAGGAUUCAACUGAGGCAGAUGCCUUCAUCCUGGGGAUUCAGACAGAAUGGCAAUUGCAGCAAAUGAUGCGCUUUGGUCAUCAGAGUCUUUUGGCUUCUCAUUCCUCAUUUGGUGUAAGCAAGCUAAAGUAUCCGUUGCACACGCUCCUUGUAUUUGACUCAAGGCAGCAUGCUCUUCCUGUUGCAUGGGUCAUAACCCGCUCAGUUACUAACAAGGACACACUGAAAUGGAUGAGGGCACUUACUGAUCGAAUACAUUCUAUAGAUUCCACCUGGAGAAUUGGUGGUUUUAUUAUUGACGACCCGGCUUCAGAGCUGGGUCCAAUCAGGGAGGUAUUCGCCUGCCCAGUUUUGUUCUCUAUGUGGCACAUCAGAAGGACCUGGCUUAAAAAUGUAAUCAAGAAAUGCAGCAAUGUUGAGGUGCAGCGGGAAAUUUUUAUCCAACUUGGCAAAAUCAUAUACAGUAUCUGGAGUGAGAAAAACCCCAUGGAUGCCCUAGGGCAAUUGUUUCAAGACUUUGUUGAUCAAACAACGUUCAUAAAAUAUUUCAAAUCAUUUUGGGUUCCCAAAUUGGAGAUGUGGAUUGACUCCAUCAGAAAUCUGCCACUGGCAAGUCAGGAAUCAUGCGGUGCCAUUGAAGGUUACCAUCUAAAGCUGAAGGUAAAAGCAUACGAUGAUGCGCAGCUGGAUGCUCUUCAACGGGUUGACUGGUUAGUGCAUAAGCUCACAACAGAGCUGCAUUCGAGCUACUGGAUCAACUUAUUUGCAGACGAAAGCGGAUCAUUUCCUGAGGUGAAAGCAGACUAUAUUGCAUCCACGUCAUGGCAAAGGGCAUUGCAGAUACCUGAUGAUGCUGUGACCUUUGAUGACAAAGCGCCUCUUUUAGCCAGAGUGGUCAGCCAGAAGGAUACCAGUCAGACAUGGACUAUAUGGAAUCCCGGUUCUGAAUUCUCUCUCUGCGAUUGCUCAUGGUCAAUGCAGGGUAACCUAUGCAAGCAUGUGCUAAAGGUCAACAUGAUGUGCGGAGCACGCAAGGAUUUUCAGCCCUCACUGACAUUCCAGUCAUUUCAGCAUGUCCUACUUGAUCUGUGGCAAAAACCAUUGGAUGAUUCGUUCUCGCUCGACCUCUCGGUAGCAUGGGUCAUGCAGAUGCAGGAGAAGAUCAAACAUGUAGCCGAGCUUGCCACCUCCGGUGGUAUUGCCCAAGUUGCAGGGAAAUUGCCGAUUCAAUGGACAAAAAAGAGAGGGAGAAGAGUAGCCGCCAAGCGCGCAAGCCCGUUACUUCUUCCUCAUUCUAACGGCAGUUUGCAGAAGGACUUGACCCCAAAGAAGAGCAAGAAGAGGAAGAGGCUGUCUAGGUUUCCGGGACAUCGACAUCGCAAAAUGCUAAUGAGCGUCUCUCUCUUCUCGCAGGCCAAUACGCUGCGGUUGUACCUCACCUGCAUCCGGAACACUCUGGAGGCGGCGAUGUGCCUCCAGAAUUUCCCUUGCCAAGAAGUGGAGAGGCACAACAAACCAGAGGUGGAGCUCAAGACAAGCCCUGAACUUCUGCUGAUUCCGGUACUGAUAUGCCGCAAUGAAGCAGAAAAAUGCUUGAUAGAGACUUCAAUCAACUCUAUACGUAUAAGCAUGAAGGUUAAGCAGGCAGAUGAAUUGGAGAACAUUCUUGCCAAGAAGUUCCUUAGGUUUUUGUCAAUGAGGGCAGAGGCAUUCCAAGUGUUGAGGAGAAAACCAGUUCAGGGUUAUGAUAUCAGUUUCCUAAUAACAAACUACCAUUGUGAGGACAUGCAUAAGCACAAGCUCAUAGAUUUCAUCGUGCAAUUUAUGGAGGAUAUUGACAAGGAGAUCAGUGAGCUGAAGCUGUCAGUAAACACUCGUGGCCGGCUAGUGGCGACUGAAUUCUUGAAGCAGUUCAUAUGA